AGGGUGACGGCCUGAUGAUCUCAGAGUGGGAGGGUUUUCGCUCAUUGUCGCUCGGGUUUCACGUCGCCAUUUUGUUUACGUUCCAGUGCGGACACGGAGUCGUGGACAGGUCUAUUUUCUUCAUUAGAAUAUAUGGUUUAUAUUUUAAUCUGAUAACUGGUAAUUAACUAUAAAACACAUGUUGUUUGCUUGUUUCUCACGUUUCUGUGUUACAAAAAUCAGCAUCCGAGUUGUAGCUUAUACGUACUCGCGUGAGGGGUGGACGGUUAGGCCUCUGCGCGUCUUUAGCAUGAGCUAGCCUGUUUUUAAACAUCUCUUAUGCUGUUUUUAAACAUCUCCUAUGUCCUUUAAACGGCCAGCCUGUUGGAGAUCGGUUAUAUCAUUUAUAAUAUUGUCUCUCCAUCCUGCUGUACUGUGGAGAUCAGGGGUAUAGUGGGUCAUUCACCGACACAAACGCGUUGUUUUCUAUAUAUACGGUCUCUUCACUGACGGGUCUACCAGGUCUGAUGACAACAUUACGCUCGUUAAUGUUAAUCAGAAAAAUGUUUUAUACGAAUAAGGUUCUGAUUGUUGACGAGAACUGAGUUUUUUUAGUCCAGGAUCUCUGCCAGUAUUUCUUGGUCUUGUUCAGUAAGUUACGUGAUCAGUUGGUGGGGAACCACCACAGUUUUCUCUAACAUUGAAUACAAAAUCUGUUCAAAUGGAAGUCACUACUUUUGGGGACUUUUUUAAUGUUAAGAAUGUAUUUGCUGUAGGUCUUUCAAAUAUGAUGGGUAAAUAUAAAGACCACUUUUCUGAAAGUAAAAAGUUAACAAAAUGUUUAUGUGUUAAACAUAAAUAAAUCAGGCUUUCGCAUUCUAGGGAUGGGUUACAACUUGAAAUGUUUCUACUGUUGUGGUGUACCUAAUGUUGAUGUUACCAAUGUUGAAAAUGUGCAAAUUGUGUGUCCUCAUAACCACCCUUUUCAGUUCCUGGCGAGGGGUUUGUCUUAUUCGUAGGUUUUUUAACCUGCUUCAUCUCCCUUUGAUGGGAUCUCUGGAUCUGGAUACAGUUCCCCUGUGAAAGUAGCUUACCUGAAGAUUUUUGUUUCAAAUUUUUGUAGUCCUCAAAACCAUCACCAAAGGCCUAUUCAACCCAAUUUAGGGAUAUAUUCUGAUCUCACCCAAUGCAACCAAGUGUUUACCUACUCUACCCCUGCCAUUCCCUAGCCUAAGAGGAGGCUGAAGGAUUUUUUUCUCUGCUUGAGUUUUUCCCCAAUAUUUUUUUUUGCCACUCCCGUUUCCAGUAUUCUUGGAUCCCAUCCAGAGAUUUUUUUUUUUUAAAAGAUCCUGGCACUUCUGGCCCCCUCACCAAUUUAUUAAUUUAGUUCCCUCCAUUACAAAAAAAAGCAACAAAAAAAAGCAAACACACACAAGGACAUUGCACAACCCCAUCGGUAAUGUUUAGCAGUCCGCUGGAGAUAAAGGUGUCUCGGAUGGUCUCAGAAGGGGUGUCGUAGGACGACAAGUCUCUCUAGCCCACCUACUCUCUCUCCCUCUUAUCUCAUGGAUCAAGUGUUCCUUCAGGACAUCGUUUGAUCAAGGAGACAUCCUGUAUGAAGUUCACCCAGAAGGGAGACCAGCCCUUCAGAUACUGACCCUACCGCUGAACAGGGAAAGAAUUCCAUCCGCCUGCGAAGAAGUCCACCAGCCCGAACAUGACCAACCACGGAGAUGACUGCUACUUCUACUAUUACUCGACCUGCACCAAAGGAGACAGCUGCCCGUUCAGACAUUGUGAGGCUGCCAUGGGGAACGAGACCGUAUGCAACCUGUGGCAGGAGGGCCGCUGCUUCCGCAUGGUCUGCAAGUUCCGUCACAUGGAGAUCCAGAAAAACCGGAAAGAGAUUGCAUGUUAUUGGGAAAACCAGCCCGCCGGCUGCCAAAAGACACACUGCGUCUUCUACCAUGAAAAACAGCGGCUCAUUGACGGCGUCGUAGUCCCACCAAGUAGAGGUCCCAAGGCGGAGGAACCACAGCAUGAAGAACCAGCUCCUCCGCCCACACCUCUCCCCGCGGCCUCCAACCCCCAGCUCAGAGGGGUGCUGAAGGCGGAGGCUCAGGAGACGGUCCCCAGCCCCACCCACCCCCCGGUGGUCAUCAACCCGGCGGACGACGACGAGGACGAGGACGACCAGUUCUCAGAAGAGGGAGAGGAUGGCAAGUACUGCCCAGAUGGAAACAGGCUGACCUCUCCCAGGAAACUGUCUGGGGCCUCCAAUCAAAUUCUGAACUUUGGUGUGAGCACCCUGGAGGAGAUCCGGCUGAGGAAGGCCCUGAAGGCUAGCAUGAAGAGGGCUGGUUAUCCUGUCCAGGGCCCCGACGGGGCCCAGCUGAAGAGCCACCGGGCCAACAGAGAGAACCAUCGCUUCCACGAUCACCCAGUCGGCUUCCAAGCCAGAGAGGACCCAGUUUACUGUGGAGAAACCGAAAGAAACGACAUUAGUGAUCGGCUUGGAAAGACAAUGCUAAACAAAGACGGCGUUGUUCUGGAGCAGCCACCAAGGAAACGUAGCCUGGCUGACCGCCUGGGGAGGGUGGUCGGAGACGAGGAGCAAACUGGGCAGCACCCUAGAAACGGCCUCAAGCCCAUCAGAGAACGGCUUGGUUUUCAAGCCGACGCAGAAGCUCCGGUGUGGCCAGUCAAAGAACCUGAAAGUGUACUGGUUCCAAGUGAAGCCACCCAGCAGAUCCGCAUUAAAACCCUGGAGGAGAUCCGGCAGGAGAAGGCGUCCAAAGCUCAGAACAAGAGAGAGCGUCUUCCUGCUUCGGCUCUGGGCUCCAACGCCGCCAGAACCACGUCUACCAAGUCCCCCAGGGUAGCCCGGAGGUCUGUCACGGUCAAAGACGGCUCCCCCGUUCAGACCAAGACCGUCUCUUCCGUCCACGCCAAUAAGAAGCCAGAGGAGGAGCAGCUGGAGCCAGACCGCGCUCCCAGUCCUGGCAGGGCGAGCCCGGCCUCCCAGAGACCCUCCGCCAAGGCCAGGGGCCCACCGUCUCCUCCUGGGGCCGACCUGAGGGUGAAGACGCUGGAGGAGAUCCGGCAGGAAAAGGCUGCGCGCCUCCAGGCUCAGCAGGCCAGGGGAGCUGAAGACACCAAGAGCCCCAUUGCAGACGCCGGAGAAGAUCCCGCUAAGAAGCCCGGGCUGCCGUGCCUCAAUAAGGCUCAGGUACCCAGUGCGGUGGAGUCCUCAACACCAUCAGGCGGCACACAGACUAAGAAAAACCCUGAGGCCAAAGAAAAGCCGGUUGCAUCUACCACCUCCAGCGCUGAGGUCAACACAGCUUCCCGAAACGGGGUCAAGGUCAAGACCUUUGAGGAGAUCAUGCGGGAGAAACGUCUUCGCAAGCAAGAGCUGGAGGAGCAGGCCUCCUCCUCACCGUGCCCGUCGCCGGGCAGCACAGACCCCGAGCCCCCCCAGAAACCUUCCCCCGUCCCCGCCGUCAAGAAGACGCUUCCCAUCAAAAGCCAUGACGCCCCGGCGGCCACAGCCACACCCCCCUCCGCCGUGAAGUCCUCUGAGGGUCUUUGUACAACACAGAGCCCCCCCGUUCGUAAACGGAUUGCCCUUAAAUCCAAGGCUGUUUCACCUUCUGUGCCCAGCCCAUCUACUGCAGCCCCCACCUCCCCACCCCAGCCCCCCCUGACAGACGCUGCUCCCCAGAGCCCACACCACGUCAGCAACACCGCUGCCACCGGCCAGGGACUGAACAGCUGCUCCACCCUCACACACGUUAAACAAACCAAGAGGAUGGCGUCCCAGCACAAGACCCCUGGGCAAAGCGCAGAGAUAAAAGUGAGGCCCAAAUUGAACGUGAAGCCGUCGGUAAUGAAGCAUGCCACUCAGGUCAGGCCGGGCCAUAAGAGAAAAUUGGCAGUGCGAUCUGCAGUUGCUGAAGUGAAACCUCUGAACAGCGCCUCCACAGGAGCGGAGGAGCAACUGCAGGAGCCGCAAUGCAAACAGAGAGCGAUAUCGCCCACUAAGGGCGAGUCCCAGCCCAGGCCUGCAGCGCCCCAGAGCCCAGGGCUCAGCAGCAGCCUGGCCAAAGAGGAGCUCCAGACCGUCCCCAUCUUCCACCACCCCCCGCUACAGGACCUCCCCCCCAGCCCUGUCACCAAGGCUGACCGGGCUGCCGACGCAGCCGCCAUGGAGUCCUGCACCAUCCCCCAGAGCCCGGUGAUGAAGACUCUAACCCAGGUCAAGCCCCGGAGGACCAGCUUGGUGGCGUCGCGGGUCUCCAACGUCUCCAGCUCCUCCGCCGUGGACGACUUUGAUGAGCUGAUGAACGAGUUCACUGACGACCACCUGGGCGAGGACAUGGACCCGGGCAUGGGCGAGGACGACCUGUUACAGGAGCUGUCGGAAAUGAUCGACAGCUGAAGCUCAGAAAAGUAUGACCGCAGCCCCCCUACCCUGACCGCCGUCUGUGUGCUGGGGCUCUGGAGGGGCCUGUAAGGUUUCAGUCAAACCUUACAACCUUUAAGUCAAGCAGAAAUAGUUCAACUAUAUUGGAUUUCAGCAAAUCGAAUAUAGAAAUAAGAUUUGUUUUGAAACCUGCUCUCAUAUAAAGCACGCCCCUUUUUGAAGUGGGAUUUAUAUUAGAUUCCGACAAACAAAGGAGGUUUCUGUACAUGGCUUUUAUCUUUGAACAUCCAUGUCAAUGUGAUGGCCUUGCGUCCGACGCUGUGAUGUGUCCAAGGUCUUUAGGCCGGUGGUCAUCCGGGAGUGUCUGAGUGAGGAGUUGUUCCAGAUGAGCCACCUCCAUGUGUAUACUGUGUAUGCAAAGAUAGAUGAAUAGCUGCACUUACUGUAGACCAUCCUCUAUUGUUGCUGCCUGCCUCUCCUAUUAUUUAUCUCACUAGAUUGGUUAAAUGUCAAACUAUGCAUCGUCCUGUUCAAACACUAACAUUACUCAAAUGUGGAGCAUUUCUAGAUCAUUUGAAUAACGUGAUUUUAAUGGAGAUGUUGAUACUAAAGGGGAACUGUCACAUUUUGUCUUAUUUCCAAGUGGUUUCUUUUUAUUGACAGUUUAUUGAUAACCUUUAUCUGUAUAUUCUGACUAUGUUUUGUCUUAUUUUAAGUUGCGGAUUCUUCAAAAUAAAACGUAUGUUGGCCUACGAUCAUGUUUGAGCCAUUCAUCUAGUAAUUAUGUUCUCCUAUGACCGUAUUGACAACAACUCAGGGACGCUUUCUUCUGUUUGAAUUAGAUGCUUGUUGAUAACUUCAGUGAAACCCUUACAAUUUGACCUGCUUGUUAAUAAUUUCUUCUCUUUGUUAGUUUCAGAAUUUUGCUUAAAUGUUUGCACAAUUAGAGUCAUUUUACUUUAAGAUUGCUGUUCGGUUACUUGUGUAUGUGGCUUUAUGAAUAAAAAAUGUUUUAAUCACGAAA